AUGGCCCAACACUUGAACUGCGAGGAGGUUCUUCUGUCUCCGCGCCUUGGGCCAGGUUCCCCUCCUUUUGUUCGGCUUUCCCCGCCUAUAGGCUGCCCUACUGCCCAGGGUACCCACACAAAGGUACCGCACACCGGCUCCCAGGUUGUGCGCCAAGUACUUCGAGUAAAGCACGUCCCAACCGAUGUGGAACAACAGCUCGACCAAUCUGGUGGCUUUCUCUCUGGGUCAAAGCUGAAAUCUGCAGUGCAGCGCCCCGAGCACCGCAGUGUCUCUGACAGUCGCCCGGAGCAUGCUCAGUCGGCCUGCGGUCAGCGGGCUGUGGCCGGCGCCCCCCGCGGCCCCGGGUUCGCGCCACGCCCCGGGGGAUCGCCGCCGCCCUCCCCGGCCCCCUCCCCCCGGGCCCUCCCCCUCCCCGGCCCUCCCCGUCCCUCCCCCGGUGGCGCGGCGCGCGCUCCUCGGCAUCCACUAGGGCGCUCAGCCGCCGCGCCUCCCCUCCCCGCCGCCGCCUCCUCCUCCACCUCCGGCGCGAGGCGAACUGGCGGCGGACGGACCGCUGCAGCGCCCACCCCAGGGCCGGAGACCGGGUCAAGUAAGUCACACCCCGGGAGGAAACGAGGAGCCGGAGGAGGCGGAGGGGACGCUGGCGGAGAGGCAGGCGAGCGCGCGCCUGUCACCCGAGCUGCCCGGCGAACGGCACGCGCGUGUGAAAAUAAUGGCCAGUCUGUGACACGCGCGCCAAAGCCAAGUUUGCCGGCGAGCCCUUAUAUAGACAAAAAUCCCCAGAGCGGCCGCCGGAGAGCUGGCGUCACCGAAGCGCGCGGACGGCAACGCGGGACCUGCGGGGGCGCAGGCGGGCGCGGGCUCCGGGCGCGCGCGCGUCGGGGAGGGGCGUCCCGAGGGGUCCCGCGCGGAGAGCGCUCCGCGCCGCGCGCGCCGCCGGCCGCCGGGUGCCCGCACCUGGAGCUCGGGCGCCGAGGCGCCCCCGGCGCCGUGCCCCCCACCCCUUUCUUGGACCUAAGAGUCUCCCUGGCAGGUUCCCACCUGGCGCUUCUCCUCAGCAUCUCGGCCCGUGCCCGCCAGCACAGCGGGGUGACCCAGGCCGGAGAAGCUGGGUGUUGGGCGGCGGUGGGCAUGGGGGUGAGAGUGUGUAGGGAGCCUCUUCUUUUAGCAGAUGGUCGCACUCCGAGAGGCUGGCAAGAGGGGCGAAAUACCGGGGUGGGGGGCGGGGGACCGGGAUCUUCCUGGUCCAGAAAGAUCCCGUAUACCUCAGGGCAGCGGAGUCUGUGCACCCCAGCUGUUGAGCCUAUGUGCUGCAACUACUGAAGCCCACUUGACCUAGAGGCCCAGCUCCUCAACAAGAGAAGCCACUGCGAUGAGAAGCCGGAACACCACGCUGAGGAGUAGCGCCUGCUCCUGGCAACCAGAGAGCAACAAAGACCCAGCGCUGCCAGAAGUAAAAUAAAUAAAACUAUAUUUUGAUAAAAAUAAACUAGCUAUUUUUGAAACCCUAAAAUCACUCCAGACACUGCAGUAUGGUUACAAAGAUGAAUAAGGUUGGAAUUCUGCUCUCAAAAAUAAACAAAAAACAUCUAGUCAUCUGGGCUGAUCUGUCCUCUUUGCUGUUUGUUUCCUUCUCAAUGGAAGAAGCAUGUAUCUCAAGGAAUUUGAAAGGAUGUAGCAAUUUUAAAAAAUGUAAGAUGUGCUCAGAGGCACAUUUGAGAAGAGCACCUUGCUUCAGAAACCUGUGUGUUCAGCCCCAUCCAUUUGCCCUGUUGACCCUGUAUAAACAAGUAACAGAGGAUUUUCUGUUGUUACGAAGGCAGGACAUUCCCUUCCCUGAAGAAUGUCUUUGCUAAUGGAUUUCUUUCUUUUCUUUCUUUUUUAUUUUGAGAGAGAGAGCAGGAAGUUUUUUCUGCACUUUGGACAGACUCAUCCCCUCACCCUGAGAGGCCCAAGAGUAUAGUCCCUAUAACAUUUUCUCUAUAAUGCUCACCAUGUUCUGGGCACUGUCUGUUAACUCCUUUUUAUCGCUUUAACAAUCCUGAGAGGAGGAUCUACCGAUAUUCACAUUUACGGAAGAGGCGCAGAGAGUUAAGAAGCUGACUCAAAGUGCCCAGCUCGCAAGUGGCUGAGUGGGCUGAGCACCCAGGUGGGCGGUCUGACCCGCCGCUGAGUAGUGUGGCUUCUGCUGCUUGAAGCUGAUGGAGGGCAGGCACUGGUCUGCCGUGUUCUUCCUUCCUCGUUCAGUGCCUGGCAGGUGAUAGUCCUGAGCAACUGAUUAUAGAAAAAAUGAAGCAAGGAGGGAGGGAGAAACAAAGGAAGCAUGAGCAUCCUUUCUUGCCCACAACUCUCAGUCUGGCAGGGAAUUCCUCGUGGAACUCUGCCCUGGGGGCAGGAUAGUUGAGGGUCUUUUUAUGAUUUCUUUGCCCUGUCCUUCGUUACUUACACUGGGUGAGCACAAGCAUAGAAAUAACUCAAUAUGUGGUCUCUGAUUCACACUGAUGUAUAGCAGAGGCCCCCACAAUAUUGUAAAGCAGUUAUCCUCCAAUAAAAAAUAAACGUAAAAAAUCCAAAUCUUUCAUAUUUGCAUUAACUCUUAUUUUAAAAGGUGCAGAGCCUUCCCUGGUGGUCCCGUAGCUAAGACUCUGUGCUCCCAAUGCCGGGGUCCGGGUUCCAUCCCUGAUCAGGGAACCAGAUCCCACAUGCCAGCCAAGUAAAUAAAUGUUUUGUUUUUUUUUAAUAAUUUUUUUUUAAUAAAAAGAUCCCCAGGUGACUCAUAGGUAUAAAGUUUGAGAAGCAAUGAAUAAAUGUCUUUUUUUUAAAAAAAAAAAAAAAAGACAACUAGUGUCAGGUAUUAAAUAUUUGGCCUAAGAUGAAUAGGUUUUUAUUUUUUAUUUUUUAUUUUUUUAAGAUGAAUAGGUUUUUAUAAGGUUCACUGGUUUAUUCUUCUUAACAGAUUUUUGGGAACCCUUUGAAAAGCAAAGUUUCUCAGUAGAUGGCAUGAUAGUGCUGAAUUGCAUAAUAAGACAUUGAAUGAACUCUCACUGAGAGGUCAUCCUUGUUGACUUUCUCAAAACUAUUUGGAUCAAAGUAUGUUGGAAAUGUGUUGAGAAACAACUGCACACACUAAAUCUCCGUGAGUAAUAGAACUUCCUUUUAAAAACUUACAGAGAAAGCUUCAUUUUCUCAAUAGGCCCCUGAAAUGGUGAAUACAGGGUCCUAAUCUACCUACGUGGAAGAUUCACUUGUUUUUAUUAACCUUCAUUGAAAUCCCAGAUAAGUUCGUGAAAAUGUUACAAGGCAUUUGGGUGACAAUUACAAGAUGCUGGUGUAAAGAUAUUUUUGUUAAAAGUUUUGCGCAGUUAAGAUAGUCCCACAAAAAAUGACAUACUCUCUGGCUUAGUAGGGCUUCCCUGGUGGCUCAGUGGUAAGGAAUCUGUCUGCCAAUGCAGGAGAUGCGGGUUCAUUC